GCAGCAGCAGCCAUGGCGUACCGCGGGCAGGGCCAGAAGGUGCAGAAGGUGAUGGUGCAGCCCAUCAACCUCAUCUUCCGCUACCUGCAGAACAGGUCCAGGAUCCAGGUGUGGCUUUAUGAGCAAGUGAACAUGCGGAUAGAAGGCUGCAUCAUUGGCUUUGAUGAAUAUAUGAACUUGGUGCUGGACGACGCAGAGGAGAUUCACUCCAAAACAAAAUCGAGGAAACAGCUGGGUCGGAUCAUGUUAAAAGGGGACAAUAUCACUCUUCUACAAAGUGUUUCUAACUAGGAUUUGUUGUUCUUCACUUACAACAAUGGCUACGGUGCUUCAGAGUGGCUAAACUGCUAGUGGGAGCAGGACCAGCUAGUAGACAUGAAGUAGAGUGUAACUGGGCUCACGUGGGCUGAAAAAGGUGCAUGCCUUUAUGCAAAGAAUUUUUUUUUUUUUUUGGUAGUUUGAAACGAUGCACAAUGUGUUUUGCAAAUAAACAUUUUUCACAUUAACUGUAAA